GUCUAAGAAAGAGAGUGUGUGUGUGUGUGUGUGUGAGAGAGAGAAAGAGACAGUAUGUGUGUGUGUAAGAGAGAGAGGGAGUCUAUGCAUGUGUGUGUCUAAGAAAGAGUGUGUGUGUGUGUGUGAGAGAGAGAGAAAGAGAGAGAGACUGUGUGUAUGAGCGCGCGCGAGAAAGAGAGAGUCUCAAUGAGGGUGUGUGUGUGUGUGAGAGAGAGGGAGAGAGAGAGAGAGACAGAGAGAGAGAGUGUGAGAGAGAAGGUGUGUAUGAGCGCGCGCGCAAGAAAGAGAGAGUCUCAAUGAGGGUGUGUGUGUGUGUGUGUGAGAGAGAGGGAGAGAGAGAGAGAGAGAGUGAGUGGGAGAGCGAGUGAGUGAGAGAGUGUCAUGCCGUACACCGUCAGGCUCCGGUUAGGCAGCUCGUGCCAGCACUCCGGCGUGUAACCGUCCGUCCGAGAGAGCAAGAGAGCAAGAGAGAGAGAGAGAGAGAGAGAGAGAGAGAGAGAGAGAGAGAGAGAGAGAGAGAGAGAGAGAGAGAGAGAGAGAAAGAGUGUGUGUGUAUAGGCUACGUAGUGCUGCGUGUGCGCGCGUGUGUGCUGUGUGUGUGCGUGCGUGUGUGCUGUGGAUGUCCGCAGCCAGUGUGCUGCUGCAGCCCGGGAGUAGAGAGCGGGAGAGCGGCUCCGGUGAGGGAGUGUAGCGGAGCAGUGCGCGCUGCUGGCCGGUCAGACACCUAGCUUUACACCGCUGCGCUCUGAGACACACGGAGCGCGAGUGUGCGCGCGUGCAUACGUAAUGUAAAGCUGUGCGUGCGCGCGAUUUGAUAGUUUGUUGCAUCUCGAGCUCCAGUGAUGCUUCUGAGGCUGCUUCUUCAGUGAGAGACUCAUCCUCACCAUCAUCAUCAUCUUCUUCUUCAGAGCCCUCGUGCAGGGUUUCCUAUCUUGUCCGGCUCUUCUGUGGAUGGAUGUAUCUUGUCUUUUCUACCUGAUGUGAAGAAAGAAAAGGAGAGAGAGAGAGACAUAGAGAGACCGCGCGCUUUACACACAGAGAGAGAGAGAGAGAGAGAGAGAGAGAGAGAGAGAGAUAGAAGGAGAGAGAGAGGACAAGCACUACUGACAGACAGAGGAGGAUUCCACAGACAGAUACCACCACCAUCAGCACGAGCGCAGAGAUGAGCCGCGCGCUGCUGCUGCUGCUCCGCGUCAGGAACAUGUGAAGACGAACAAGUAAACACAUGAGGCAUAUGAGGAAGAGGCUACAGAGUUAACCUUCAGGACGUUGCUUGGAAGGUCUGAAACCUUCUGAACCCUUCUAGAUUCUUCCUUUUUUUGCGUCCUCCAACCCUCCUUGCGUGUCCUUCACAUCAUGGAUGUCUCACUGAGGACUUUCUUAUGGCCCUGGUGUGGCCAUGUCUUGCUGCUUGCCCUUGCUAUGACAAGUGCUGGAAAUACCUUUACUACCUUCCACCCGGAGAGACGGGAAUGGUCCUUCAACCACCUGACCGUCCACCAGACGACGGGGGCUCUCUACAUUGGUGCAGUUAAUCGCGUCUACAAGCUCUCCGGGAACUUGACUCUUCUGGUGUCUCACGACACUGGUCCAGAAGACGACAACAAGGCGUGCUACCCUCCUCUAAUCGUCCAGCCUUGUACGGAACCGCUGGUGUCCACCAACAAUGUCAACAAGCUCCUGCUUAUCGAUUAUUCCCACAACAGGCUGCUUGCCUGUGGCAGUCUCUACCAGGGUGUGUGCAAGCUGCUUCGACUGGAUGACCUCUUUAUACUGGUGGAACCUUCCCACAAGAAGGAGCACUACCUCUCUAGCGUCAACCAGACUGGCACCAUGUACGGCGUCAUCGUGCCGUCACAAGGCAGAGAUGGCACGCUGUUCAUCGGCACUGCAGUAGACGGCAAGCAAGACUACUUCCCGACCAUCUCGAGUCGCAAACUUCCCCGCGAUCCAGAGUCCUCAGCCAUGCUGGACUACGAAAUGCACACUGACUUUGUGUCCUCGCUCAUCAAGAUCCCUUCAGACACCCUGGCGCUGGUUUCCCACUUCGACAUCUACUACAUCUAUGGCUUUUCCAGUGGGAACUUCGUCUACUUCCUCACCGUUCAGCCAGAGACUCCGGAGAACGGCAUGGCCUCCAGUGGUUCCUCCAGUGAUCUUUUCUACACCUCGCGAAUCGUCCGCCUUUGCAAGGACGACCACAAGUUCCACUCCUACGUCUCGCUUCCCAUCGGUUGCGUUCGCAACGGAGUGGAGUACCGGCUUCUGCAAGCUGCCUACCUGGCCAAACCGGGAAGGGUUCUUGCAGCCUCGCUCAACAUCAGCACCACGGAUGACGUGCUCUUCACAGUCUUCUCCAAAGGCCAGAAGCAGUACCACCGUCCCCCAGACGAUUCAGCCCUCUGCGUCUUCACCAUCAAGGACAUCAACGCCCGCAUUAAGGAGCGCCUGCAGUCUUGCUACCAAGGCGAAGGCAACCUGGAGCUCAACUGGCUGCUGGGGAAGGAUGUUCAGUGCACCAAAGCGCCCGUGCCCAUCGACGACUCCUUCUGUGGUCUGGACAUCAACCAGCCCCUGGGUGGCUCUCAGCUGGUGACGGGACACACGCUCUACACCGAGAGCCGAGACCGCAUGACCUCAGUGACCUCCUACGUGUACAACGGCUACUGCGUGGCCUUUGUGGGGACGAAGAGCGGACGGCUGAAGAAGAUCCGUGUGGAUGGUCCCCCUCACGGAGGAGUGCAGUAUGAGACGGUGUCGGUGAUUAAAGAUGGCAGCCCCAUCCUCAGAGACAUGGCCUUCUCCCUGGACCGCAACUACCUCUAUGUGAUGUCUGAGAGACAGGUGACCCAGGUGCCCAUCGAGUCAUGUGAGCAGUACGGAACGUGCCGGGAGUGCCUGAGCUCUGGAGACCCGCACUGCGGAUGGUGUGUCCUGCACAACAUGUGUUCCCAGAGAGAUAGCUGUGAACGAGCCAAUGAACCUUACCGUUUCGCAGCCACGCUGAACCAGUGCAUGAAGGCCACUGUGUACCCUGACAGCAUUGCGGUUUCCGAACCCAGUGUACCGCUGCUGGUGAAGGUGACUGACGUUCCGGAUCUCUCCGCUGGAAUCACUUGCUCCUUCGGGAACCUCACCGAGGUGGAGGGGACGGUGGACGGCAAUCAGAUCCUUUGCAUCUCCCCGGCUGCUAAAGACGUCCCCAUUAUUCCUACUGACCAAGACUGGUCUGGCGUGGAGCUCCGGCUGAACUCUAAGGAAACAGGUCAAAUGCUGAUCAGCACUGAGGUUAAAUUCUACAACUGCAGCGUUCACCAGCUGUGUCUGUCAUGUGUGACCAGUUCCUUCCGCUGCCACUGGUGCAAGUACCGAAACCUGUGCACCCACGAUCCAUCCAGCUGCUCCUUCCAGGAGGGACGAGUCAAUGCUUCAGAGGACUGUCCUCAGCUGGUGCGCUCUGAGGAGAUCCUGAUCCCGGCGGGCGAGGUGAAGCCCAUCACCCUGAAGGCCCGGAACCUUCCCCAGCCUCAGUCCGGCCAGCGCGGCUACGAGUGCGUCCUGCACAUUCAGGGGGUCAGCCACAGAGUCACGGCCCUGCGCUUCAACAGCUCCAGCGUACAGUGCCAGAACAGCUCGUACCUGUAUGAAGGGAUGAGGAUCAGCGAGCUACCGGUGGAUUUUUCAGUGGUGUGGAACGGCAACUUCAUCAUUGAUAACCCCGAGAACAUCCAAGUGCACCUGUAUAAGUGCGGCGCUCAGAGAGACAGCUGUGGGAUGUGUCUGAAGGCCGAGAGGAAGUUCCAGUGCGGCUGGUGCAGCAUGGAGGGCCGCUGUACUCUACGCCACCACUGCCCCAUGUCCAACCCCUACACCAGCCGCUGGCUCAACCUGGCAACCACCAACGUCAAGUGCACCAACCCGCGCAUCACUGAGGUGACCCCAGUGGCAGGACCACCAGAAGGGGGCACCAGAGUGACCAUCCACGGCGUGAACCUGGGCCUGUCCUUCUCUGAGAUGGUGGAUAAUGUGCAGGUGGCAGGAGUCCAGUGCACUCCAAAAGAGGACGGAUACAUCAUCGCUGAACAGAUAGUGUGUGAGAUGGACGCAGCCCCCGAAGACACCAGGCCUGGCCCUGUGCAGCUGUGUGUGGGCGAGUGUAAGCCUGAACUGCAAGCUCGCUCUUCGCAGCUCUACUCCUUUGUGACUCCCUCUGUGACAGGCUUGUCCCCCCGCCGAGGUCCAGAAUCGGGGGGCACUAAGGUGACCAUCAUCGGGGAGAACCUGGGUGCUGGCAGCAGUGUCAAUGUUCUCUUUGGAAACCAGACUUGUGAAUUCUUUGAGCGGACCAUGACGGAGAUCGUGUGUUUCUCCGCCCCCUCUCUGACCGGUGUGGGGCCGGUACAGAUCUCUGUGAGUGUGGACCGGGCCCAGGUGAAGGAGAGCCUCAGCUUUGAGUACAUUGAUGACCCCACAGUACAGCGCAUCGAGCCUGAGUGGAGCAUUGCCAGUGGGCACACUCCCCUUAUGGUGACCGGAACCAACCUGGACGUCGUUCAAGAGCCCAGGAUACGAGUCAAGUACGGCGGACGUGAGUCAGUAAACGUGUGUAAGGUUCUGAACACCACCAGUAUGAGCUGCUUCGCUCCGUCUCUGACGGCGGAGUACCGGCCCGGGCUGGACUCGGUGAAGCACGCCGACGAGUUUGGCUUCAUCUUCAACAACGUGCAGGCGCUGCUGGUCUACAACAACACCAACUUCCUCUACUACCCCAACCCCUUCUUCGAGCCUCUCAGCACCAACGGGGUUCUGGAGCAGAAGCCAGGAUCACCAAUUAUCCUGAAGGGGAAGAACCUGGUUCCCUCAGCCUCAGGUGGAGUGAAGCUGAACUACACGGUGCUCCUCGGAGAGACCCCCUGCUCAGUCACCGUCUCAGACACCCAGCUGCUCUGUGAGCCCCCCAACCUCACCGGCCAGUACAAAGUCAUGGUGCAGGUGGGUGGUCUUCACGUCUCUCCCGGCUCUGUGAACAUCCUGUCGGACAGUCUCCUCACUCUCCCCGCCAUCGUCAGCAUUGCGGCGGGAGGAGGCCUGCUCCUCAUCAUCGUCAUCCUUGUCCUCAUCGCCUACAAGCGCAAAUCCAGAGAAAACGACCUCACGCUGAAGAGGCUGCAGAUGCAGAUGGACAACCUGGAGUCGAGGGUCGCGCUGGAGUGCAAAGAAGCAUUCGCAGAGCUGCAGACAGACAUCAAUGAGCUGACCAGUGAUCUGGACAGGGCUGGUAUCCCUCACCUGGACUACCGCACCUACGCCAUGAGGGUCCUCUUCCCUGGCAUUGAGGACCACCCAGUCCUCCGAGAGCUGGAGGUAUCUGGUAACGGUCAGCAGAACGUGGAGAAGGCUCUUAAGCUGUUCGCGCAGCUGAUCAACAACAAGGUGUUUCUGCUGACGUUCAUCCGCACUCUGGAGCUGCAGCGCUCCUUCUCCAUGCGCGACCGCGGCAACGUGGCCUCCCUCAUCAUGACCGCUCUGCAGGGGAGGCUGGAGUACGCCACGGACGUGCUGAAACACCUCCUCUCUGACCUCAUAGACAAGAACCUGGAGAGCAAGAACCACCCCAAACUGCUGCUGCGCAGGACCGAGUCUGUGGCUGAGAAGAUGCUCACCAAUUGGUUCGCCUUCCUCCUUCACAAGUUCCUCAAGGAGUGUGCCGGGGAGCCUCUGUUCAUGCUCUAUUGUGCUAUAAAGCAGCAGAUGGAGAAAGGGCCUAUUGAUGCCAUCACAGGAGAAGCGCGCUACUCCCUCAGCGAAGACAAGCUCAUCCGACAGCAGAUUGAGUACAAGACGCUGAUUUUGAACUGUGUGAAUCCGGAUAACGAGAACAGCCCUGAGAUCGCGGUGAAGGUGCUGAACUGCGACACGAUCACGCAGGUAAAGGAGAAGAUACUGGACGCCGUCUACAAGAACAUGCCGUACUCGCAGAGGCCCAGAGCAGUGGACAUGGACCUGGAGUGGCGCCAGGGCCGAAUGGCACGAGUGGUCUUGCAGGACGAAGAUAUCACCACCAAGAUCGAGAACGACUGGAAGAGACUCAACACACUCAUGCAUUACCAGGUGUCAGAUCGCUGUGUGGUGGCGCUGGUGCCGAAGCAGACGUCCUCCUACAACAUUCCUCCCUCAGCAAGCAUUUCCCGCACAUCCAUCAGCAGAUAUGACUCGACGUUCCGCUACACAGGAAGUCCAGACAGUCUGCGCUCGCGGGCGCCCAUGAUCACACCUGACCUGGAGAGCGGGGUGAAGGUGUGGCACCUGGUCAAGAACCACGAACACGGGGACCAGAAGGAGGGCGACCGGGGCAGCAAGAUGGUGUCUGAGAUCUACCUCACCCGCCUGCUAGCUACUAAGGGUACACUGCAGAAGUUCGUGGACGAUCUGUUCGAGACUCUGUUCAGCACGGUCCACAGAGGCAGCGCCCUGCCUUUAGCCAUCAAAUACAUGUUCGACUUCCUGGACGAACAGGCCGACAAGCACGGCAUCCACGACAUGGACGUGCGCCACACGUGGAAAAGCAACUGCCUUCCUUUACGGUUUUGGGUGAACGUAAUCAAGAAUCCCCAGUUUGUGUUCGACAUUCACAAGAGCAGCAUUACGGACGCCUGCUUGUCUGUGGUGGCUCAGACGUUCAUGGACUCCUGUUCUACCUCAGAACACAGGCUGGGAAAAGACUCGCCCUCCAACAAGCUGCUAUAUGCUAAAGACAUCCCCAACUACAAGAACUGGGUAGAAAGGUACUACGCCGACAUCAGCAGACUGCCAGCCAUCAGCGACCAGGACAUGAACGCGUACCUGGCCGAGCAGGCGCGCCUCCACUCCAACGAGUUCAACAUGCUGAGCGCUUUGAAUGAGAUCUACUCUUACGUCAGCAAGUACAGCGAAGAAAUCACGGCGGCGCUGGAGCAGGACGAGCAGGCCAAGAAGCAGCGGCUGGCGUAUAAGGUGGACCAGCUGAUCGGCGCCAUGUCCCUGGAGAGCUGAGAGCAGACGGGCCGGGCGGAGCGACGGAACGCAGACCGGAAACCUUUACCCAAAGCCUCGUCCUGAAACUCAAGUGGAAAAAUGUGGCACAGCUGGCUUUGGGGGGGAGGGGAGGAGGAGGAGGGGACUUUCGGCAACGAAGGCUCAGCUAUUUUUCGUUUCCUUGUCAGAAGUCAAAAGGUUACCUCGGCAAGACCACUGGAAAAGAUCGUCUACUUUCGCCUUGCAACCUGCGAGAGGAACUCUGAAAACCGGGAGCGAAACCGGGAGCAAAACCAGGAGCGAAAGCAGGAGCGAAAGUAGAGAUUUUUCAGAAGCUUAAAACACUCACACACAUAUAUAUAAAUAUAUAUAUAUAUAUAUAAAUAUAUAUAAAUAUAUGCUGGGCCCAGCGGCUUUCUGAGGCAACCUGCAUGUUUGUUUGGUUGAUUAACUUCGGUUUGGUUUGAUUUGGUUUGUCUCAGUAGUUUUUCGUUUUUGAAAGCUUUGAAAAGUGCUAGAGAUUAGAAGACGCCGAGGAAACUACAGACUACAGACUACAGCUGCUCCUCGUAAUCAGCUCUUCGGGCGGCAUGCAAGGAAGAAGAAAACGAGAGAAAGAAAGAGAAAGACAUCAAGAUGUGCAAAUGCCUCAAUUUAAAUCCACCUGAUGGCUUUUACUUCCAAAUUUUUAUUUUUAUACGCGAGUCUCGUUCCUUUAAUUUUCCUUCGGUUACAGUGUGCCUCCUGAAUGUUUAAUGGCAUAGUGACUUUUGUAGUCCUCCUCGCUGGGUAACGUGAUGACAGUGACAUUGUCAAUGAUGAUGAUGAAGAUGAUGAGACAUUCCCACAUGUUGUCUUUCCAAAAAAACAGUGGCUAUAAUCCACCCCCGUGCAUGAACAUUAAUCAAUCGAUCCGUCAAACAAACGCAAAGAAACGAACUUCGAGAAAUGAUCUGUACGAUUGUUCCGAUCGUUACCAUCUUUUUUUGAAGAUGUAAGAGAUGACAUGACCUCUUAACGGACCUCUUGACGGACCUCUUGCAAUAAGGGGUCCAAGUUUCAAAGUUUCAAGCUUUCCAGCAUGUGUCCGUCCCAAUUUUUUGAUUGCCGGGAAUGAGUGUUGGACUGGCCUCAUAGACUCAUAGACCCUUCCCUCUGGCUUUAGUCGAGUCAGUCCGUCUUUAAGUCCUUUUGCGUUUUCUACGUGUAAGCGUCUGUGAAUGUACGAAAUGUUCCACUAUCGUGUCCUUUGGUUUGUUGGUUUGUUUUAGGACUAAGGGAUCAGUUGAUCUGAUCACUGAUCUGAACAGUGGCUGGAGGGCAUGUGAUGUCCGUUGGAAAAGAAAAGAAAAGAAAGAAUAGAAAAGAAAGGAAAAGAAAAACAAAAAAAAAACUUCCCUGCCUCCUCCUCCUCUUCCUCCUUCUUCAUCUUUAAAAAACCCUUGAUGAUGAUAACAUAUAAACAUAAACAUUGCCAAAAUGUGCUGUACUGAUUCCACUGAUUCCAAUUUUCCAAUUCAAUGGUUUUUACCCUUCAACACUAGGUCUUAACAUGGUCUUCAGUGAUUGGACGGUAGGAACGAAUAGAAGCAAUGAGAUUGCUGAGAUUACUUACGCCCUUUAUUUAGCUCAGUAUUAGCUGGUGUAUAAUGGAGUAUAAUGGCGGAACCUGACAGACCUCUCAACUUCGGCGCUCCAGUUCAGUUUAGCGAACAGGAGUGAACGAUUGAACCGAUUUAGAAUCGGUUCGCAGAUUCAGAAUCGGUUCGCUGAUUCAGAAUCGGUUCACCUCAGAACUACUGUACGUACCAGGCAGUAUUAUUCUUAUUACGUAUACCGUACAGUCCAGCGUCUUGUGUGUUUUGCAUGCAUUAUAAUGUAAUACCUCAUACAGAUAAAAGGUAAUAAUAGCGUCUUCGUUCCCGUCCGCUCGCGGUUUCAAGUGCCGAGGAGGGAUCGUCGCCGAGCGAGCGCUGCAUGCGGCCGGCCGAGGACCAUCUCCGCUUCCCUUACAUCCCUUACAUCACAUUCGCAUGGCAGCUCCACCUUAACGCGGAGUGGACGCAUCCUGACUAAGUGCCAAAAGCUCAAUUUAAGGACAAUUUAAAGGACGCAGAUUAUUCCCGGAUUAUUAUUCCGAAACGGUUAUUUGCUUUAUCAAAAGGGAACCAACAACCUUCAGAAACUUGGACGCAAGUGAGGACACAAGCCAAGCGCGGUGGCGGGUGUGGCACUGGGGAGGAGUUAAUGGAACUAGAAACAAAACGGACAGAACAAACUGCCGGCGGCGGAAGUCGCCAAAACUGACACUUUGUACAAAGCAGAACAGAACUACAGUACUUUGCAAAUGAACCGGCGGUACAGUACAAGAAGGCACGGAAAGAUGUGAUGUAAUGUAUAAAAUACAACAAAUAUGGUGCCAUUUUAUUGAGUCAUGACAGCUUGGCUGUGUGUGUAUUGUUUUAUUUUAUUUAUUUUUUAUUUUUGUUGUCUGUAUGUUUUUUUUUAUUUUUUUUAUUCUCCUCUAUUCUCGCCAACAUGAACAGCAAUGAAGCAUGAAGGAACGAUCAUUACGUCACGUUGUUUUGAAUGCAUGAUUUCGGGUGGAGAACUGUGUUUGAUGAUGAACAUUCUAACUGUAGGUUACAGGUUACAGGCUAUAGUAUAGUGAUUCCUCGUAUCGUUUUGUCGAUAAACAUAUCAUGAAGAGCCGCGAAGAUGCAGUUAAAGAACGACAUAGCAAAUUCAGCGAACUCAGCAAACUGCAUUACCUGGUUCCAGCAACAGAGGGAGCUCCUUACACUGCAGACUGUGAUGAUCAUGUGAUGUAACAAGGCUGGAGGUAGAGCGAGGUCCACUGUGAAUGCACACACUAAAGUUUACUUCUUAAGGCUGAUUUAUAGUUCUGCGUUGAGUCAACGACAGCAAACCUAGAGUCUAAAGUCUAGAGUCUACGCAAUAGACUGUUCAAGUGGCAACAUGUAUAAACUGAAAUGGAGAAAUUGCCCUCUAGUGGAAGCCUCCAGUAUGAGAUGUAGCACAUGGGUAAGUACAGGGGUUGGACAAUGAAACUGGCACACCCAGAAACAGGACAGUUGAGGUGCACAGCCGUGGUUUUGUGUUUUUUAUUGGAUACAAUCCGGGUUAGCACCCAAGCAUCCCUUUCAGACAGCUUCCUCUUACAGCGUCCACAGUUAAUCCUGUUGGAUGUGGUUGGUCCUUCUUGGUGGUAUCUCGAUGACAUUCCCCUGGAUACCGUGGCUCUUGAUGCAUCACAAAGACUUGCUGUCUUGGUCACAGAUGCUCCAGCAAGACGUGCACCAACAAUUUGUCCUCUUUUGAACUUUGGUGUGUCACUCAUAAUGUUAUAGUGUGCAUUGCAAUAUUUUGAGCAGUAAAACUGUGCUCUUACCCUGCUAAUUGAACCUUCACACUCUUACAGCUCUUACUGGUGCAAUAAUGUGCAAUUAAUGAAGAUUGGCAACCAGGCUGGUUCAAUUUAGUGAUGAAACCUCCCACACUAAAAUGAUGACAGGUGUUUCAGUUUCAGUUUUGUCCAACCCCUGUAUUUGAAUAAUGGGCGUGUGCAGUGCAGUGUUGAGUUUGUUGGUAUAUGACCGGGACCUAAACCCAUUCUUUUCUCGUCUUUCUCCACUCUAUUCUUUCAAUUUCUUUCAUGUCCUUCUCCAUCACUCUUCAGCAAACUGACUUCGUCCACGAUGGACAAAGAAAUGAGGGAAAUUGAUAAUAAAAAACAAGUAAAGACGGGAUGAAAUGAAGGGUAAAGAAAGGUGAAGAGCGAGCGAUUGUACUCUUUAUCGCUCGGCCGUCUUGUAUCGAGCGUAGGAAUGAAUGAGAGAGAGUGAGGGACAGAAGAUAAAAAAAUGUAAAAGGAAGAAUAAGAAGAAGAGAAAAGUCAGAGCAUCCCUUUUUUUCGGUUUCGGUUUCCUCCUGCAGCUUUGAAGCCGGGCUUUGAUCUCAGCUAGUCGUGUGCACACUGAGAUCAGGAGAUAAAAAGGAGAAGGAAAAAAAAAACGAAUACACAUCAAAAAUCGCGGAGAGAAAGGAAUUUAUAAGAGGAGCGGCGUGAUUGACGCGGAAUUAAUGCGUCUCGCCAGAGCGCCGUUAGUCAAGGCGAGCGCUGCAGGAAUUCCCACUGUACAUAUAUAGUCAUUGGAACAGCACUAAGGGCGUGUGAAGAGCGAUUUCAUCACGUGGAGGAGAGUCUCGCGGUCACAGACGCUUCGCAGGUCGUGUCAUAUUCUCGUGGCAUCCGGAAAUCUAAAGAAAAGCAUCUUUUUUCGUGCUUCAGGCUGUCGAUAGUCUUCCUAGUCUUCCUUUUAUUUAUUUUCAUUCUAUUUUUUUAUAUUUGUCAUCUUGCCAGACAAGCCCAUUUCAGCUCUAACAGUCUUAACCUAAUGUCCCAUCAAUUAUGUCCUGCCAUUUCCCUUCAAUUCCAGUGAGUGCUGACACAGCUCACAUAAUAUAAGGAGCAUCACUUCCUCUGAAUCGGGCUGAAAGUGGAAUAAAAAUGCACUAAUAAUAUAUAUAUAUAAAUGAGUAAUUGAUUGAUUGAUUAAAUUGAACUAAAGCCGAGAUAAAACCUCUAGGAUUCAUAUUCGUAAAAAUUAUAAUUAUGUUGGUAGAAAAAGCUUGAGUUUUAAUAUUUAAUACACUGUAAACCCAUAAAGUAGUUUGAACUCAAUAGAAUGUUACAUCUGAUUUGCAUUAAAUUGGAUAUUUCUAAACAUCACUCAACUAUUUUGAGUUGCUUGAACGUUUGAACCAACUUAUACACUUAUACCAAGACUAAGAGUUUAGUCUGUUGCCAUUGGCAACUUCUUUUCUAUUGGUUUCUGGCAAAAAUCUACAGCUCUGAAAAAAUAAAAAAAUUAAGAGACAACUUCAGUUUCUGAAUCAGUUUCUCUGAUUUUGCUAUUUAUAGGUAUAUGUUUAUGUUUAUAUAUAGGUAUAUUUAGAGCAUUCACACCUCAAACAAUGCAAAGUCCAUAUUCAUAUCAAGAUUUAAGGGUUCAGAAAUUAAUAUUUGCAAUAUUGGCAUAACCCUGGUUUUUAAUUACAUGUUCACCUCCACCAGUCUUGCACACUGCUUUUGGAUACUGCUUUUUUACUCCUGGUGCAAAAAUUUAAGCAGUUUAAACAUCUUCCUCUUGAUUAUAUUCCAGAGGUUUUCAAUUGGGUAAAAUCAAAGAAACGUAUCAUUUUUAAAGUGGUCUCUUAUUUUUUUUCCAGAGCUUUUUUAUUUUUUUUUCUGCGGAACGUUUUUUUGUUUUCGGGUUUUCAUGCAAUUUUCUAGUAAAGUCAACUAAUGCAUUACUGGUGCUCCUUUAAUUUAAAUUGUUUGGCUAUAAAAUCAGGUUUACCACAUUUUGAGUGUCAAGUACUUGUGGUUUGUCUGUUAAACUUAAGGAUGAACCUUUAAUCAACUCCAUACAGUACUAUAAAUUACUGUAAAUUUAGCUUAUUAGGGUUUACAGUGUACUUUAAAACUAAAGCCUAAAGCAUUAAGGCAGCUGUGCAAAAUGUUCCUAAUGAUCUGCAGUGGUAAUAAUUCACUUUACUGCUAAUCCCUUCCACAUUUGGCACAUUUAUGAAAUGAUUCUUUUUAUUUUCAGCUCACGUCUCGCUGUUGGUGGUUGAGUAGCAUGCUACAGAAUUACACAUGUACACAUGUACUCUUCAUAUUCCUGAUUUUAGCCAUUCCUAGAAAGCAGAACGAAAGUGAAUCCAGAAGUCCAGAAGCUGCCCGGGUGUACGUUUCUAUUACACGCUACUUUCUAAACUACAAAACUACAAGCGUUUGUAAAAAAAAAAACACUGGAGGUCUGUAAUAUAGUAAACACAAAAAGAUGAUGAUGAUGAUGAUGAUGAUGAUAAUAAUGACCAUGAUGAUAAUAGUAAUUAUGGCUGUCUGUUCUCGUUGUUUUAUAAAAGUGUUGUGAAAACUGUAAGAAAGUUAAAGUAUUUAAAUGAAAAAAAAAAAAAAAGGUUUGGUCUUUUGUUUUUGAUUUUGAUUUUUUUUAUUUGCUUUAGUUUUUGUUAUGAUAAUAUAUUACUGUGUACCUAUUGUAAAUAUGAAGCACACCUAUUUUGCAAGCCAGGGAUUCACUUUGUACUGUUGUUAUAUAUAAAUAAAUUUU